UCUUCAACUACUGAGUGUGAACAGGAGAUUGCAUUGAGCCAGAAUGUAGCUGUGUGCGGAGGACUGAGAAGGUGGGGCAGUUCUGUACCAUGCUGCCUUCCACUGGUUAAGACCUCCAAGAGCAAAGGCCUACCAAGGUAGAAGAUGUCCCUCUGUCACCUGUAGAGGGGCAGCACUGAGCUGGCCGACAUUUGUGGUGCUGCUUGUCCCUGGCUCAGACGCUUUAGAGAGGAUGAAGAGCGAAGAGCUGGCGGCGCCCAUGGAAGAGACCUGUGGGCAGGAGGAUGCGGCGGUGGCGCAAGGCGACUCUUUCCCCGGCCUGGCGCCGGCGCCUCCCGGCCGCCUGGGGGCGCCAUAUUCCGAGGCCUGGGGGUACUUCCACCUGGCCCCGGCGCGCCCCGGACAGCCGUCGGGCUACUGGGCCACCUGCCGGCUGUGCGGGGAGCAGGUGAGCCGAAGCCCGGGCUCCCGCGCGGCGGCGGCCCAGGCGCGGCGGGAGCUGCAAGCUGAGAGGGAGGCGCUGCAGGCGCGGCUGCGAGAAGUGAGCCGUCGCGAAGGCGCCUUGGUCGCGGCCCCGCUGCAGACCCCGCUCAAAGAAGAGCCCGAGGGGAAAGAGGGACGGCUACAUUGUCACUCAAGUCCCACCUGGUAGGUUUUGGCCGCUUCCCCAUCCCCACGCCGGCGCUACUCCAAGUGUGGCCCGCGGGCCCAGCGCCUUCAGCCUCACCUGGGAGCGGAGUCUCAGGCCCGCGGCCUGCGGGGGAGUUGGAAUCUCCAAUGGAGGGGCUUGAAAAGCGCUUCGGAAGCCUGAGCAGAACGCAGUCAUUCCGACCCUGCGGCCACCUAGGGAGCCUGGGAGCUCCAGCAGCCCGCUUUGCUGUUGGCGUUUAGUUGGCGUCCGUGCAGAGAGCAGUUUUCCUCCAAAUGCCUUUGGAAAUGAGAGCUCCAGCAGCCCCUCGAAUCUAAGUCAUCUGAGGGCUUGUACCUGGUGACUCUGAAAGGACAGAAGCGUCCUUACCCACCAAAGACCACCACACCAUGUGCCUGUACACCAGCCUGGACAAUCCAUGAAAAUAAGGGUAAAGCAAAAUUAAAAAAAAAAAGUUUACCCAUUUUCUAAUGAGUAAAUCUUUGAUGAGCAGCCUUUGCCCAACACCAAGUUCUGAAAAAGGGGCCACUUGUUUCCACGACUGCUCUACCCUUAUCAUCUCAGGCCGCAGCAGUACAAUCCUAAGAACCCCUGUUUACUCUUUUCCCCAGAUUACACAAUAUCAUGUGCACCUUCGUCUGUUUCACCUCAGCCACCACCUUUCCCAUUUCAGAUCCAGUGGCAGCUGUAGUCAAUGUCCCCACUUUCUGCCUCACACCUGCCUCCUUACUAGCAAAACAUGACCUCAUCCUUCACUGCUAUGAAGGGCACAUCCCUCCCACCUGAGGCAACCUCCUCUCGUGUUUACAUCUAUUCCUUUUCCACCUUCACUGGCUCUUUGCUCCAUUAGUGUCCUUCUUUUCCUCUUAUUCCCUCCCUUUCCCCACACUUCCUCAGAAAUGCCCACUUUCCCUUGUACUAAAAAGCAAGACUCCCCCAGCGGGGAAGCUCUCAACUGAACCACCAUCCAAGGAGGGUCAAGUAGUCCUUGCUGCCCAUACUUCCCAUGGUCAGCUUUCCAUGCUACACUGGACUCUUAAGAAGCCACCACAAUCUCAGUGGCUGAAUGUGAUUAUUUAUUCAACCUUCAUUUUGCUUAAUCUCUCCCUUCUUGAAAUUCUUCCUUUGGUAGGGGGACCUUGCUUUUCCUCCAGAGAAUUCCUUUUCCUGAUAUAGACUAGUUCCCAAACAAUUUUUCUUAGUUCUAUUUUUUCUCAAUUUUUUAUAGACAAAAAUUUCAAACAUCCAGAAAAAGUUAAAAAACUAGUACAAUGAAUACCCUCCACCUAGACUGAACAAUUGUUAACAUUUUACCAUAUUCACUUUUCCUUCCCUCCACCCCAUACAUAUGUGAUAUUUUAUCCCUAAGUAUUUCAGUAUGUAUCUCCUAAGAAUAAAGACAUUAUUCUACAUGA